UACCUUUUGGUACCUCCAUGAUCAUAUUUGUAGAAGAGGCAGUUUGCAGGCUCAAGCUUUCCUAGAUGUCUCCAUAUUCAUAAACGUCCCCUUGUUUGUCAACUAAUCACACCACAUCUCUACCUAACGAUGCUGGUGGGUUAAUUUUCUACCAUUGGAAACAUGCCAGCUGGCACCUUUUCUUCAAGCUUCACCUUGAUCAAUGACCUCUGGUUCAUUGAGGCAGUGAUGGGAAACUACUAUAGAAAAAAUCUCCAACAACCCAGGACUUUUGUUUAGUUGGAACAUUAUAAAUGGAUCAAACACCUAGAGAGGUAAGCAGAGAGCCUCCAGGUUCAGGAAAAUCUCAGACAUGGCUAUGUUGUUUCUGUUUCUUGUCUUUCCAGUUGUUGUGUCCUCGAGCACCAGUGAAGCCCAAAAGCAAAAUGUCACCAACAUCCAGUUCUACAUGCAUGAUGUUGUUGGCGGAUCUAAUCCAACCGCUGUUCGGGUGGCUAGUCGAUCCGCCAACGUCACAGGUUUAGAGUCUUCAGACCCAAUUGCAGCUAUGUUUGGAUCAACUUUUGUGAUGGAUAAUCCACUCACAGUUACUCCUGAUCCAAAUUCAACUCUAAUUGGGCGUGCACAAGGGAUCUAUGCCAUGGCAUCACAGAAAGAUGAGUUCAGUCUAUUGAUGACACUAACGUACGGGUUUACUACUGGACAAUAUAAUGGCAGCUCGUUUAGUGUAAUUGGCCGGAAUCCAGUGAUGAGGAAAGUGAGAGAGAUGCCAAUUGUUGGAGGGACUGGGAUUUUCCGGUUUGCACGUGGAUACUGCUCGGCGCAGACACAUUCAACCAGUGGAAUGGAUGCAGUAAUCGGAUACAAUGUGACCAUAUUGAUGCACUAGUAGAAUUCUAUUAGGAAAAUUUUUGAAGCCAUUUUGUAAUAUGUGCAUUUGAAGUUCCCUUUUUUAAGUCGUAAAUCUUUAGAAUUUGAAGGCUUUUCAGUUUUCUUUUUAUCGGGAAGAGAAAAAGAAAGAUGUAAAAGGCUAUUUGAUGUUCAACGCUAUUAUUUCUUCACUUAUUGCACUAACAGUAACACACAAAAUGGUAGUGCGAAGAAGUUUCAAACUU